CUAUAUCAAUUUGAGGUUAGAAUGCAUUCCUAACCUAGAAUAUCAACCUGGGUUCUGAAUUUCCUUGUAUCAAGUGUUAUCGGAUAUUCUGUGUGUGUAUGGAUGAUAGGAAGAUUAAUAUUGUUUUGGUAUACAUAAUGACUGUCCAAUGUUUUAGUGGUCAGGCCACAGUCACAUAUUUUGUCUGAAUUCUGCUAGUGUUCUAUCGGACGCACAUUUUCAAAAAGUAAACAAGGUGAAAUUUAACUUCAUCGUUGUUCCAGUUGUAUCAUAUUCUGAAAAAUCUAUAAUAUGGCCAAAGUUAAUAUGGUAAACAGUACUGAAAUUGACAGCGAAGCCGUUGUUAAGCAUGCCAAGAAGCAGUCGAAAAAGUCCAAGCCAAGGCCUACUACUAAAUUAGGGUCUAAGAAGAUUGAAACAAAUAUUAUGAAACCUCAUCAACAGCUAUGCAAGAAAAAAGAUAUUGUAAAUAUCAUCAAAAGUGAACAUAAUUUUAUAUCAAGUUUGUUCGACAUUUUAGAUUUGUCUAAAUUAAACCAAGGAAGGAGAAACGACAGUGAUGAAGAGGAUAAUGGCGAUGACUUCCUAUUGGCAGACAUCCCAGAACAGAAAGUGUUCAAAAAACAAACGCAGAAGAAGAACUCUCAAGUUGGUGUGAAAAACAAAGCUUUCCCAAGUACUGUUGAAGGUUUAGAAAAAGAGCUUGCUGAGUUGAAAGGAACGCCAAUGACUUACCACAAGAAGUUGCGCAAAAAAGGACUCCAAACAAGACUUUUAAAAAAGAAAAGAAAGGAACACCUAAAACUUAGAAAAGCUGCUUUGAAAUCAGCAAAGAAAAAUAAAUCUGCUGUCAAUGGUUUAUCAAAAUCCAAACCGAUUCUUAAUAGUGAUGGAAAUGUAGUGUCCAAUAAAUUUGAUUUUGCUGAUACAGACAUCAAGAAAGAAAGCAAAAAGAAACCAGGAGCUGUAAAUAAUGAAACACAUGGUAGUCAAUCACUUGUACUUCCUAAUGGUAGUUUGAGAGAAAACUUUAAAAACAAAACUAAAUUGGAUUCAAAUAAAAGCAGUGAUUCCCCAGUCAAGAAAGAAAAUACUUCAGAAACUAUAAAAACAGAAAUGAAUUCUAAUGAACAAUCUAAAAACAAACCUAUCUUUAAUAAAGAUAACAAAAUUGUGUUUAGCAAAAUUUACAUGCCUGAAAAUCAUAAAAAAACAAAAAGAGAGUCCAAGAAUAAAAACCCAAAAAAGAUUUUGGAAAAAUUAAAAGAGGAAACUAAAAAGAUCUCUGAAAUUGCAAAAGAAGACAAAGAAAAGGCAGAUUCUUUGAAAGAAAAAAGCAAAUGGGCAACAGCUUUAAAACGAGCAAGUGGAGAAAAGGUUAAAGAUGAUCCAGAACUGCUGAGAAAAAGUAUAGCAAGAGAAAAGAACAAAAAGAUGAGAAGUCAGAAAAAGUGGAAGGCGAGAAUUGAUCAUGUGGAGAAAGAAAAACAGGAGAAACAGAAGAAGAGGAAAGAGAAUAUUCAAGCAAGAAAAACUGAUAAGAAAAAGAAGAAGAUGAAAAAAGCAAUUAAGAAAGGAAGUUAUGUUCCGCUGUAAUUAAAAAUGUAAAGUCUGAAUUUAAUUUUUGUGUUCACUGUACAAUUCACCUUUUUGUAAAUUAAAACAUGAAAGAUUGCCAGAA